GCCGGGACUCGAACCAGCGACCUUCUUGUUGUGAGGCGGCAGUGCUAACCAGUGAGCCACCGUGUCGCCGUUUUUAAUGAAUUAUAAUUCAGUUUCUGUCAUACAAAAUACCUCAAAAAGCGCAGAAAUGUGAAUCGUUCUUCUAUCGGCGCGGAGGAAAAGGGACUAUGUACCUCAUAUGUCCGCUAGCGGCGCUGUGACUUAAAUACGUCACACAUCUGCGACGUCAAAACAUCCGGUAGAGGCUUUACCGUUGGAACUUGGAUCCGAUGGAUUUGUUGUUCGACACGAAUGUGUAUUUACCAUAUUUAAAAUAAUAUUUGACAGAAAUAUUAACAAAAUACGUUUACUGGAAUCAAAAUACCGCUUCCUUCUCGGUCUGCUUCAGCCGGUGACUGAUUAAAUCUGUAUUGGUGUCGGUGUUGUCCAGCUGUGGUCAUGAGUGACAGUCAUCCUCUGCGGCCGAUGAACUCCGCGUCUGAGAUCGACCACCUGCAUCUCCUGUCAGAGCAGCUCGGCGCUUUAGUUCCUGGGGAAGAGUACAGCGAUGUUACCUUCGUGGUGGAAGAGAAGCGCUUUCCUGCACACAGGGUCAUUCUAGCGGCCCGCUGCCAGUAUUUCAGAGCUUUGCUGUAUGGAGGGCUGAGGGAGUCCCGGGCGCAGGCGGAGGUUAGGUUGGAGGAAACACGCGCUGAGGCUUUUUCCAUGUUGUUGCGGUAUCUGUACACAGGCCGAGCCACACUGAGUGAAGCCAGAGAAGAGACACUGUUAGAUUUCCUGGGACUUGCGCACCGUUAUGGUCUCCAACCACUAGAGGUCUCUAUUUGUGAGUUCCUCCGCACUUUAUUGAGCACGCGAAAUGUCUGUCUGGUGUUCGAUGUGGCCAGUCUCUACUGUCUGAAUGGUUUGGCCGAGGCCUGUAUGGCCUACAUGGACCGUAACGCCAUUGAAGUGUUAAAGUCAGACGGCUUUCUGACGCUUUCAAAGUCUGCCCUGUUAACAGUAGUCAGGAGAGAUUCAUUCGCUUCGAGUGAGAGGGAGAUCUUUCAGGCUCUCUGCCACUGGUGUCACCACAACGGCGACGGCCCAGAAGCGAAGGAAGUGAUGUCGGCCGUCCGACUUCCUCUGAUGACCCUCUCUGAAAUGCUGAAUGUGGUUCGUCCCUCGGGCCUCCUCAGUCCGGACGACCUGCUGGAUGCCAUACAGACUCGCUCCGAGAGCAGAGACAUGGAUCUCAACUACCGCGGCAUGCUGAUCCCAGAAGAAAACAUUGCCACCAUGAAGCACGGGGCAGUGGUGGUGAAGGGGGAGCUGAAGUCUGCCCUCCUGGAUGGAGACACGCAGAAUUAUGAUCUGGACCACGGCUUCUCCAGACACCCCAUAGAAGAGGAGGGCCGAGCCGCUGGCAUUCAGGUCCGCUUGGGUCAACCUUCCAUCAUCAACCACAUACGCCUACUGCUGUGGGACAAGGACAGCAGGUCAUACUCUUACUAUGUGGAGGUGUCUAUGGAUGAGCUGGACUGGGUGCGUGUGGUGGAUCACUCCAAGUUUCUGUGCCGCUCAUGGCAGCAGCUCUAUUUCCCAGCACGAGUCUGCAGGUUUAUUCGUAUUGUGGGGACACAUAACACAGUCAACAAGGUGUUUCACUUGGUGGCUCUGGAGUGCAUGUACACACUUCGACCCUUCACCCUGGAAAAAGGCUUAUUGGUUCCCACAGAGAACGUGGCGACCGUGCAGGCAUGUGCCAGUGUGGUGGAAGGUGUGAGUCGCAGCAGAAACGCCCUGCUGAAUGGAGACACCAGCCAUUAUGACUGGGACUCGGGAUACACCUGCCAUCAGCUGGGCUCUGGAGCCAUUGUCAUCCAGCUUGCUCAGCCCUACAUGCUGGGCUCCAUGCGGUUGCUGUUGUGGGACUGUGAUGAGAGGAGCUAUAGUUAUUAUGUUGAGCUGUCCACCAAUCAACAAAACUGGGUGAAGAUUGUAGACCGCACUAAAGAUGAAUGCAGGUCAUGGCAGACUCUGACGUUUGACAGGCAGUCUGCUUCUUUUAUUCGUAUUGUAGGAACUCACAACACAGCUAAUGAGGUGUUUCACUGCGUUCACUUUGAGUGCCCUGCUCAAAUGGACACAGUUGUUAAAGAAGGAAGUCCUGGACCAGAUCAGCCAAAACCUGAAACCAGCUCCCAGAACUCCCAUUCACAGAGCCUUAUGGCCCAAAAACCCUCGUCGUCGUCUUCGCACGCUUAGAUUCUGGAUGUUUUCUUCAUGCCACUUGCUCGCAUAAGUAUGAAAAGACAUGCUAGGGAGGCUCAUUUUACAAGGUUGUGUUCUUAAGGUUACGUGCUGCUACAGAAAGAACUGUUUAUAUUUAUAAUGGGAAGUUACUUGAGCUGAUUAUAACAUGCUGGUGUCACAUGCACUUAUUUUAUUAUGUUAAGAUAACUACAAACAAAACGUAAUAAUAAAAGUAUUACAGACUUAGUGGGUUUUGGAGUAGCGUCUUAUUUGUUAGAUUAAAAUUGUUUAUUGUAAUAAUAAAAAAAAUCAAUUGAAAAUGUCAUGCGCCAAAUUUAAAUAUUAAUUAUUUAGGAUGAUGUAUAAGAGAUUGAUAUGACUUUCAAUUUUAGAGGUUUGAUUUCUUGAAUUUAAUUGUAUUUAUUUAUUUAUUAGCUCUGUCAGUUAUAUUAACAACAAAAAAAAAUGUAUAUUGUGGUUUGCACAAACAAGGUUUGUUCUUAUUGCAUGCAAAUUAGUAUUUAAUAUAACCUGGGUUGUAUUUACUUAUAUGCAGCAUUUGUUUGGUUCUUUUUUUUUUACGUUGGCAUCUGACUAGCUUUUACCCAAUGACAAUUCACACUGAACAAAUCAUGGAGUUUGAUCAUUUACAAUAAAAACUAAAUGUUUCUAAAA